CCAGCAGUGCCCACUGCCCACCGUGUGAAACGACAACAUUUUCACUGGGCUGGAAAAUGCCGAAUCCUGAUUGGCCAUGGCGAUAUGGCCUUAUUAUAUAGAGAUAGAGAGAUCAGACUUGGAACAUUGCCGUGAAAGGUCACUUCUCCUCGUCGCCGAAUCCUGCCUCCCUGCAAUUCGCCGCUCCGAUUACUGGUUUGUCUCAAAUCUAAUCUACUGUGUGCCAGCGUGUAUAUUUAUCUGGAUUAUGGCACGAAGAGAUAGAAUCAGUGAACUCCCUGUAGAUAUACUUGACAAGAUUUUGGGGUUCUCUUUCCGAUUCACGAAGCUGCUAGAAUGGCCGUUUUGUCUACCUUUUGGAGAGAUAUUUGGUUCAGUCUUACACAACUUCACUUUGAUUGGAGGUUUUUUAUUCACAUUAGGAAAAAAUAUUCCCAUGCUCGCAGUGAUAUCAAGACCCAAAACAUACAAGAGAUGAAGAAAAACAUCAAUAUGGACUUAUUUGCUGCUUUGUAUGUAGUCAACAAAGUUCUCAUCCAGCACAAUGGACUUAUUCGCGAGUUUGUCUUUGAUUUUCACUAUUUGAAUAGAUUUCAUAGUAAGAAAACAUUUAGGUCUCGGUCGUUUGAAUUCGAUCAAUGGCUCCUUUUUGUCACCUGUAAAGGUGUUCAAGAAAUACACCUUAGUCUUAUGCCAAAAGAUGAAUACAGUCUGCCGAAUUGCAUUUUUUCUUGCCCAACACUUAGGAGAUUGUAUCUUUGUGGAGUCUCUAUUGGACCAAUAAAUGACCCUUACAUAUUACCAAAUGUCACUUCACUAUGCUUCAAAAAAGUUAACUUUAGUCCUAUAGAUCAUCCAGUUGAUGUUCCUAUGCUCGAGAAUCUGUCAUUUGAGAAUUGUUAUACCCUUCCUAAUUUUAACAUUACUGCUCAAAAACUUCAUAGUUUAAGAAUAGGCUCUUGCUUUUGUUAUGAUCUCCCUAUUAACUUAGACUUGAGAUCUAUUCGUACUCUUGAUUUGGAUUGUUGUUCUCUGAAGGUUUUUGUUAAUGCAUUUACUGAAAAGGGACUACAACAACAACCAAUUGCGCUAGAUGUGGAAUAUCUGAUGUUAUCAACUAAAGACCAUGAUCAUGAUAAGGAAGAUGUUUAUUCAGCAUUCAUUCAUUUGCUUCAAAUAUGCCCAAAAUUAUGCAAACUUGAUAUAGACUUAAAGUUCACCCAUACUAUGCCAAAACUUUCGGACGAAUUUCACACUGUGGCUCAAAGACAUACAAUGCUUCACACAUUGAAGUUGAACUCAUAUAAUGGAAGUUAUGCGUAUGAUAUGUUCAUCAAGGGACUGCUUACUUGUUUUCCCGCACUUGAGAAGGUCUUCAUUGAUGAAGAGUCAUGCAACUACGAAGAAGCCAAGGAAUUUUUUUGCAUUAUUAUGCCCCCUAAAAAACAAAAAGUAUUACGUAAAAGUAUUAGUUUGAGUAUCCUUUGAUGGUGAAGAUCUUUUGGUUGAUGCUCUUAUGCUUAACAGUAUGUCAUUUAUUGAAUGUAAUAAUGUGACUGAUUUUAAUAUUGUUACUCAAAAAAUUGAUGAUUUAACAAUCUUUAAUUGUCGUUUUUACCAACUCUCAA